AUGCAUUUUGCAAUGCCUCCUCGAAAGACCUCUCAACCUCCUCCCUAUGCCAGAGCGUCUCGGUCGUCGCCGAUACGGCGGAAACAGCUCCAAUUCGUCGCACUCAUAGGAUGUACCCUACUCUUACUCGUCUACUUUGCUAUACGUUUGUUUGGCUCAUCGGCAGAAAAAGCUCCUCCAGGCACACCUGAAGUGGUGGUGGUGACCCUGCUCGAUGAGGCGACCAUGAGCGAUGAAUACCGGGCACGGAUUAUGGAGAACAGAAAAUAUUACGCCGACAAGAAUGGAUACGCUACCUUCUUCCCAGAUGUCGCAGACUACGACUAUGGCAAUUCCCCUAGAAGCUGGGCUAUGGUGCCUGCUCUACGGCAUGCCAUGACCAAGUACCCACAUUCAACCUACUUCUUCAAUUUGUCGCCACAUAGCCUAAUAAUGAACCCGAAGAUCUCCCUCACCUCCCACGUCAUGGAUAAAAAGCGCCUUGAGUCGAUAAUGCUUAGGGAUAAGCCUGUGGUGCCACCGGACAGUGUCAUCAGGACCUUUACACACCUUAAGGGCGACAAGGUCGAUCUGGUACUCACACAAGAUGCCGAGGGUCUAUGUCAAGGUAGCUUUAUUCUACGGCGAGGUGAAUGGGCGAAAUUCUUCCUGGACACGUGGUUUGACCCUUUGUAUCGCAGCUACAACUUUCAAAAGGCCGAAGCCCACGCAUUGGAACAUGUGGUCCAAUGGCACCCGACUAUCCUGACAAAGUUGGCACUCGUCCCUCAGACUCUCAUCAACUCCUACGGCGUCGACAUCGCCAGCCGUGGCGGCAAAGAAGUGUUGUACAAGGAGGGCGAAUUUGUCGUCAGACUCGUCGGUUGUGAGUUGGACGCGACCCGGUACUGCGAGAAGGAAUUCGACAUGUACUACCAGCAAUGGAAAAGCUACCUCAACAAGGGCACCAUAUGA